GAAGAAAUAUAAUGACGUGGAUUUGACAUAGGUGUGGGGUUAUGUUUAAAUUAAUUAUUUGAAUUUUUAAAACAAUGUUUAAACAUUGCUACAUUUAAACUUAUUGAUAAGAAAGAAAAACGUUAUUUCUUGAACCAUUUUCUUGACAUUAUAUUAUAUAAUUGAUAAAUUUUUAUCAUGGAUAUUAAAUUUGGAUGGAUUAUAGUUAUAUUUAUGAUUAAUAAUAAAUCAUUAGCUGAUGAAAAUGAUUACUAUCAGUUAUUGGGAGUUAACAGAGAUGCUACUGUGAAAGAAAUUAGGAAAGCAUUCAAAAAUUUGGCUGUGAAACUACAUCCUGAUAAAAAUAAAGAAGAUGAAAAUGCAGAUGCAAAUUUUAUAAGAUUGACAAGGGCUUAUGAAGUGUUAAAAGAUCCAGAAUCUAGGAAACGCUAUGAUAUACAUGGAGAACAAAUGUCUUCUGAAAAAUUCAAAAAACAAUAUCAUAGUUACAGUUAUUAUAAGGAUCAAUUUGGAAUUUAUGAUGAUGAUCCUAUUAUUGUAACAUUAAGUAAAAAUGACUAUGAGGUUAAUAUUUUGGAUAACAGUCAAGCAUGGUUUGUCAAUUUUUAUUCACCUAACUGUUAUCACUGUCAUGAGUUAGCACCAACGUGGAGAAAACUUGCUCAAGAAUUAGAAGGAGUUAUUAGAAUUGGUGCUGUCAAUUGUGAAGAUGAUUAUAGGUUGUGUCUUCAGCUUAGAAUAGAAGCUUAUCCUACUUUACUAUAUUAUGAAAAAGAGUUCCAUCUUUAUGAAGGUAUAAAAUAUACUGGUGAUAGAACUGUGGAAGCACUUGAAGAAUUUGUUCUUUCAAAAUUGGAUGUAAAUGUAUUACAUAUAACUUCCAAUAAUUGGAAUAAUCUCAAUUCCAAAAACAGUAAAUGGCUUUUAUUUUUAUGUCCCGAUGAUAAUUCAAACUGCCCAGAAGAGAAAACAAUAUUAAAAUUGACUUCAUCCCUGGAAUCUUUAGUUUCUGUUGGUAUAGUAAUAGAAGAAGCAUUAUGCCAGCAACUCUCGGAUAAUUAUAAAACUAAACCAAUUAUUCUAUUGCAAGCAGCUACAUUAGAUGCCUCUACUAGCCCGUUAACAAUGAAUAUCAUUGAAGGGUCUGAUACCAAAGAGUUACUACAAAGUAUUUUAGCACUUCUACCAAAUCCUCAGACUGUUGACGAAAAGGAUUUUCAGACUAUUAGAUCUGGUUUAAAAAAUGAUUCCAAAGGUGAGAAACCUUGGUUAUUUUGCUUUUACUUGGGAGCUGCAACUGAAUUGAAUUUGCAGCUUAAGCGACUACCACCUUUAAUUCCAGAUAUUAACAUUGGUUUAAUCCACUGUGGAAAAAAUUCCGAAUUGUGUUCAAGUUUACAUGUUGUAAGAUACCCAACUUGGGGUGUUCUCAAAGUUGGAGGAGCUUUUGAAUUACAUCAUGGUAGAGAUGUGUUAUAUGAUAUUGCCAAUUUUGCCAAAGAUAGUGUCAAGUCCAAAAAUUUGCAUGCGUUAUGCCCACCAGAUUUCAAAAGAAUUAUAGCAGAAGGAACUCCUUGGUUUAUAGAUUGGUAUGCACCAUGGUGUCCACCUUGUAGAAAAUUACUACCUGAAUUAAGAAAAGCCAGUCAAAAUUUUGAUUCAGAUAAAGUACAAUUCGGUACUAUUGAUUGUACAUCUCAUAGAGACCUUUGUAGGAGUCAAGGAAUCAAUUCUUAUCCAACAUCUAUUUUAUAUAAUAAGUCCCAAAUACAAAUGUUUCAGGGCUUACCAGACAGUCAAUCAAUUACCGAAUUCUUACAUGAUAUGAUGAAUCCACUCAUUGUAUCCUUAGAUGACAGCAAUUUUGGUUUGUUAUUGAGGAAACCCAAGGAAGAGAUGUGGGUAGUUGAUUUUUUUGCUCCUUGGUGUGGACCUUGUCAAAAGUUGGGACCUCAGUGGAGGCAACUUGCAAAACACGUGUCCGACUUACCAGAAAUAAAAGUUGCUCAAGUUGAUUGUGUAGCUAAUUCUGAUUUAUGUGAUGCCCAAAAUAUCAGGAGUUAUCCUACCAUAAGGUUAUAUCCUUUAGGUAGCAGGGGAUUGAAUAGUGUUGCGAUAUAUAAUGGUGCUCGUGAUGCUGUGUCAAUAAAAAGAUGGCUUCUAAGUUUUCUUCCUACUUCUGUGAAAUCAUUUUCUGCCAGUGAUUUGAAAGAACAAGUAUUGACAAAAAGAUACAUGCUGCCAUGGAUUAUAGAUUUUUAUGCACCUUGGUGUGGACAUUGCGUUCAUUUUGAACCCGAUUUUCGAACUAUUGCUCAAAGAUUGGAAGGAAAAGUGAGAAGUGCAAAACUUGAUUGUGAGAAGGAACGUAUAUUUUGUGGACAGGUGUUGGGGAUUACAGGGUAUCCUACUGUAAGAUUAUAUUUGUCACCAUCAGAAUUCUAUCCACUCCAAUUAGGGGAUGUAUCUUAUAUACUGAAGCAAGUUAAGGAAAUUUUGGAUAAAAAGAAGCAUGAUUAUGAUCAUGACGAGCUUUAAAAUAUUUAGGAAACUAAUAUUCUGGCACUGAUUUAUUUUAACAAGAAUAUUUCGGAGUAUUUUUUUAUAAAUAAAAGUUUUCUGGUCAAGUUCCAAAUAAAAUGUGUCUAUUUACAGAACUCUAUGUGUAAAAAUAGUUUGAUAUAGUUUCAAGUUUUGUAAUCUGAAGUUUUUUCAUCAUAUAAUAAACUGCAAACUGCUUUGUUUAUACAAUAAUUAUCUAUUUCUGUAUUUUCUGAAAGUUAUUACCAUCCGAACAUAUUUCAACCAUCAUCCUUAUAAAUAAGUCAGUGCUAAAAUGAAUAUCUCAUUUACGAAAAUUGAAAGUGAAUUUUCUUGUGGUUUUUGUAUUUGAUACAAAUGUUUGCUUUUAAUUUGCCUUACUAAUGAGAGAAACUCUAUUAACGGAAAGUUCCUUCUUUUUGCCACCAGUGCCAUUUUUAGUAUUAAUAAUCAAUUAAUCAUAUUUAUUUCUCUUCUAUUUGCUCUAUACAAUGUCUAUCACUUGUGAUAUCUCUAAUAGUAUGUAUAUUAGAUUUACAUAUUCCAACAUUUUUCAGGCAGUUGAAGUUUUUACUGUAAAUGACCGGUAACCGGUUUAAAACUGGCUUUAAGCUGGAUUGAUAAAAUUGAUUUUAUUAAAUUUCAUUUGUCUACUCUAUGAAGUUACUGAAACUAAGUUUGAAUUUUUGGAUCUGUUGGUAUUAGUUAUACUAAACACAUUAUCCACUAAAACUACACCAACGUUCAUAAUUACAUUAUUUAGUUCUUGGAGCCUUCCAUAGGUCGCUUGAUCAUAUUUGGCUCAAAAGACCAGACAGUGUAAUUGUGAGUGUUAGUGAACCAGUAGUAAACAGUGUGCUUAGUAUGGACACCACCAAAGGCUUUAUUAAUCUUAGAAUUGAGUAUCUCUUUUUAUUCUUAUACAUUUUAUGAAAAAGUUUCAAAUGCUGUGACAUAAAUAUCCUACAUCAAAUGUAUACAUGUUUGAAAUUUAUUACUAAUUAUUAGGGUGCUUGAAAAAAAAAUUUUUUUCAACUCUUACCGUCUCAUAUUUUUCUAUUUAAUAUAAAAAAACUUAACAAAGUUGAGUCCUGUAGCUCAACUCUAAGGUGAGCUAUUUUAUGUAUACGAUAUAUAAUUUAUAUUUGCGAAUCAGCUUAACAUGCAUUUUAGUUGUCUUCAAAUUAAAAUUUUACCUGAAAAACAUAAUAUAUUCUUAACUACAUUUUUUUUAGUUUAAUAAUUAGUAAAUAUGAUUGACAUACUCAAUAUUUUAUAUGAGAUAUUUACUUUUACAAUGAUACUUUAUAAUAUAUCUGAAAUUAUGUAAGAAACUGAAAUUUAUGUUUAUAAUACAAUUUAAGUGAGAAACAAAUGUAUGGAGUUGAUUUUUAUAUUCUGAUAUUAUUUUUCUAGAUCUGAACUUUUAUACUAGUUAAUUUAUCUGUUUGUGUAAUUUUUCUAUUUUAUACUAUAUAGUGAUAAUAAGUUUCCAUUUUCUACUUUUUAUACCAAAAAUUCUUCUAUCGAUCUGAUUUAUAUUUUUUUAACUAUUUUUUAUAAAUAAAGCUUGUACCAAAUUAAUAUAUUGUAAUAAAUGUUGUGUAAUCA